AAAUACUUGGCGGGGGAGUUUCUUUCGAACGCGAAGACGCCAGCAAGUGAAAAACCUGAAGCCGGAGACGAAGCCUUUUCACGCCGGCUUUCGCAACUUGAUGCUGGUGCCAGAAAAGUGUCCGUGUUCAGCGUGGUUCUGUCCGCUAAUCGGUGCUGCUCCUUAUCCGUUCGGCAAUCAGUAAAGCGCACUACCGUGACCAGUGAUUUUGUGUUCGUUCGCUCCAAGAUGCACGGGGUCAUCGGGCCCGCGGUUCAGCGUUGACGAUCGGCCGGGUCACCCCCCGGGGUGUUUCGAUGGGAAAAUAACUGUUUUCUUGGCACUGCAGAUAGCAACGCUUGGUGGUGCUGCGGCGAGUGCCUAACAUCGAGAAAGAACCGUUGCCACGACGGUGAGAAAGUAAGGAAAAAACCGAGUGCACAUUCACCCCAAACUGUGAAUUUUAUUCGCGAAUCGAUUGUGUAAGCUGGCGUUGCGUUGCGUGAGUCAGGCAAACGGAAAACGUGUGCCUCGCGGGCGUAUCGUGACUUCGGUGCGACCCUGUGUUUGGUCGCCGAAGUGACCUUUCCCAAACCACCGGGCCGACAACCGGUUAAUGUUGAACCGGCGUACGGAAGUGGCAGCAAAAGAAGGCCGUCAAAAGCGUAGCGAUGGUUGCUUGGACCGGGUCGCCACGGCGACACGUUCGGAUACUGCUGCUCGGCGACCAGGGCGUCGGCAAAACGUCCCUCAUCCUGUCGCUGGUCAGCGAAGAGUUUCCGGAAGAUGUGCCACCGAAAGCGGAAGAAAUCACCAUCCCGGCGGACGUGACACCGGAGCAGGUGCCAACCAACAUCGUCGACUACUCGGCGGCGGAACAAACGGAUGAAGCGUUGGCCGAGGAAAUCCGUAAGGCGCACGUCGUUUGCAUCGUCUACUCGGUGGAGUGUGAGGAAACGCUGGACGGUAUCACCGAUCGUUGGCUGCCGUUGGUGCAGAAGUGUUCCGAAAUGGAGCGCAAACCGGUGGUGCUUGUGGGCAACAAAAUCGAUCUCGUUGACUACUCUACGAUCGAUCACGUAUUGUCAAUUAUGGAAGAAUACCCGGAAGUGGAGAGCUGUGUCGAAUGUUCGGCCAAAACGCUACACAACAUCUCGGAAAUGUUCUACUACGCGCAGAAAGCGGUUCUGCAUCCGACCGCGCCGCUCUACGUCAUGGACGAACAGGAUCUAACGGAACAGUGCAAGAAAGCGCUCGUCCGUAUCUUCAAGGUGUGCGACAUCGAUGGUGAUGGGUUGCUGAACGACUACGAACUGAAUCACUUCCAGCGGCGGUGCUUCAAUGCACCGCUCCAGCCACAGGUGCUGGAUGAGGUGAAGGCGGUCCUGAUGAAAAACACCCCGGACGGUAUACGGAACGAUUCGGUCACACUGAGCGGUUUCCUGUUCCUGCACUGUCUGUUUAUCCAGCGUGGCCGGAACGAGACCACGUGGGCCGUGUUGCGCCGCUUCGGGUACAACGAGAACCUCGAAAUGAGCGACGAGUAUCUGCAUCCACCGUUGAAGCUGCCGCCCGGCAGCAGCACGGAACUGUCACACCGUGGCCAGCAGUUUUUGAUCUCGGUAUUCGAACGCAGUGAUCGCGACGGCGACGGUGCCCUAUCGCCCGAAGAGUUUCAGAAGCUGUUCAGUGCCUGCCCCUGCCCACCGUUCUCGACCGACAUCAAGCGAACGAUUGCGACGAACGAGAACGGUUGGCCUACGCUGCACGGCUGGCUCUGCCGCUGGAGCCUCAUGACGCUCGUGGACGUCAACAAAACGCUCGAGUACCUCGCGUACCUUGGCUUCAAUGUGCACGAGAACGAAUCGCAACUGGCGGCCAUUCACAUUACCCGCGAACGGCGCAUCGAUCUGGCGAAGAAACAGAACAGCCGGUCCGUGUACAUGUGCCACGUGAUCGGGCCAAAAGAUUCGGCCAAAACCACCUUCUGUCGGGCGUUCCUGGCGCAGGACAUGAAGCGGCUCACCGAUCGCGACAUCCGCCACAGCAACCGGUACGCGAUCAACACGGUGCAGGUUUACGGGCAGGAGAAGUACCUUGUGCUGCGGGAUGUAGACGCCCGCCUCGUACUCGAUCCGCUGCAGCCCGGUGAGGUGAACUGCGACGUUGCCUGCCUCGUGUACGACAUCGGGAACGCGAAAUCGUUCGAGUACAUCGCCCGGAUAUACAUCAAGUACUUUGCCGAAAGCAAAAUCCCGGUCCUGAUCGUGGGCACCAAGGCGGACCGGGAGGAGGCCCGCCAGGACUAUCUACUCCAGCCGCCCGAUUUUUGCCACAAGUACAAGCUGCUGCAGCCACAGUUUUUCAGCGUGAAGCACAACAAGAAGGACGUGUACACCAAGCUGGCAACGAUGGCAGCCUUUCCUCGAUUCCAAGCGGCCUGGAUUCUGUUUUAUAAACAUAGAUUGGUACAGCUGUGGGAAACAACCCAUCUCAAACAGUUCGGAUUGGUCUCGAGCGAUCCACUGCUUUGGUGGAAGGCUGGCCUCGGCAUAGCGGCGGCCACGAUCGUCGGAUUCUUCGUAGUCAAAGCGUUCCAUGGCCCCGGCUCGGCUUCAACACGAUGAAUAGGCCACUGUCUAGUUCGACGGGGGUCCCAGUUUUCUUUGUAAAUAUAGACCAUUGUCUAGAAGUAGUUUACGGAGCAGCGGAACGUAGUAGAAAAGACACAUAAGCUAUACAAUCUUACCGGAGCAAAGACUAACCGUUUUCGCCGUUUUUCCCCCCUUUCGUUGUUUCUUCUGCGCUCCGAUAGUUUUGUUUUUCUUUUGCAACGUUGAACGUUUUGAUAUAGUUUACCAUCGAGAGUAGGCAAAAUGUAUAGAGCCCGUGAAAUUGCUCAUCAAUCAACUUCGCGUCAUUCGCAAAAAUGUAGUGCCGAGAUGGACAACUCUUCCAGAGAUUCAUGAGACUUUACAAAAUCUUUCCGGGCUUGUUUUGCGGCUCUCUGCUCGCCGUUAGCAAGUGACCGUCCCGAUAAAAGUGUGGUGCGCGCUCAUCCCCCCAUCGAUUGGCCCAUUCCCGGGGGGCAGCUUCGUAAUCUUAGAAAAUGAGUUAGUAUUGGCCGGCCGCAAGUGGAGGAAAUUGUUUUGAAAUAGAAAAAAAAGCAUUAGCACUACUUCUAGCGGUCCAUUAGGAGGAAAAUAAAAGCAAGCAUUAUUCAUA